AUGGCUACAAUCCAAGAGCACUCCAUCCAAUGGCAUGAAGGCGAGAUUGCUAUGCAACGUCUCCUCAACGGACCACACUACAACAGACCGAACCCGACAUCCACCGGACUGUCCCAGGCACACGCAUAUCGCAUCGCUGUGUCUCCCCUCGCUGCAUUUGGCGCUUUAGACCGCAAGGGUCGUCCUUGGACCACCGUUCUGGGUGGAAGCCCGCAGUUUGCACAAGCUGUCGCACCUGGUGUGUUAGGUGUGCAGAGCAUCGUGGAUCUGGACUAUGAUCCUGUUGUCGAUGCUCUGUUUGGUGGCGACGAAGAUAACGGAGGGGCCAAGGGCAACGGGGAAUUGCAACGUCCUGGCCCUGAAUACGGGCCUAUAAUGGCAGGCUUAAGCAUUAACCUCAUUACUCGGGAUCGAGUGAAACUUGCCGGAAGGAUGAUUGCCGGUGCAGUGUCCAUGAGACCGGAUGGACCAGUGGGAGAGGAAGGGGCACACCUUGGCCGUAUCGGUAAGAUGCAGCUAUCCCUGCUCGUGCAGGAGGCCCUUGGCAACUGUCCAAAGUACCUAAACCAAAAGAGAAUCAUGGUUCACAAACCACGUCCCCAGCUGGUCUAUGACUCGGACAAGUCACCUGGGCCACUUCCCCGAGCCGGUUUUGAACUCAUCGAAGGUGCCGACUUGUUUUUUCUCUCGUCUACUGACGGGAAAACCAUGGACACGAACCACCGUGGCGGAUCACCGGGGUUUCUGCGAGUAGCUGAUGAGGGUGGUCAAUCCCCAAACCACACCGCUCUGACUCUUGUCUACCCCGAGUUUUCCGGCAACCGCCUUUACCAGACACUGGGCAACCUGAAGGUUAACCCACUCGUCGGCGUAGUCAUUCCAGACUUUGAGACCGGGAAUGUGGUAUAUCUCACGGGCCGAACAAAAAUCCUCGUUGGCCCAGAGGCGAGAGCAUACCUACCACAUACGAAGUUGGCAGUCCGUAUUGAGGUAGAACGAACCAUAUUUGUCACAGACGGCCUUCCCUUCCGUGGCGAGACCAUCGACUUCUCUCCUUACAACCCCCCUGUUCAACCCCUCCUGUGUAAAGCUCUUGUUGCAGAUGAACACGGAACUGUUGAAAAACAGGAGCCUAUUGCCAUGGCCAUCAUUUCGGGCCGUCAAGUGCUUUCACCAUCUAUUGCUCGGUUUACUUUUAUUCUCAAAGCGACUUCUAAAAUCAAUGCUACCCAGCUACAGUGGCAGGCUGGUCAGUACAUCACACUCGAUUUUGGCACCGAGCUUGACCUUGGUUGGUCACAUAUGCGCGACGACGACCCGCAAUCACUCAAUGACGAUUUUGUACGCACAUUCACGAUUUCCAGCCCACCUCCGUCGCCGCCAUCGCCACAUACCACUGGCCCGUUGAAAAAAUCGCCGCCUGUCGUUUCGAUCGAGCUAACAUUGCGUCGCCAUGGUCCAGUCACCAAACUUUUAUGGCGCCGCGAUCUUCGUGUUCCUUUGGAAACACCUGUACUUGCUUUUGGUGGCGAUAGAAAUUUUCACAUCACCUCACCUCGACAUGUGACUGAGAAGGCAGAGUCUCAGGAGGCUAUUUUCAUCGCUUCUGGUAUAGGAAUCACUCCCAUACUAGCACAGGCUCCUCGUCUUUUGUCGUGCCAGGGGCUUGGUGCGGGUGUACAACUGCGGGUAUUGUGGAGUCUGCGCACCAGUGAUCUUUCUGUGGCUGCGGACAGUUUUGAUCGGAUAAGCGGAUUGGCAAAGCGUACAACUGUUUUUGCGACAGAUGCAUCUGUGUCUGGAGAGCCAAAAGCAGCUUUCAAGGGAUUGGAAGAGAUGGGAGCCGUUGUUGUUACAGGGCGCCGCAUACAGAAGGUUGACAUCAUUCCUAGCCACGGUGGGGAUCAAAAAAUGGUCCGUAGGAGGUUAUACAUUUGCACGGGGCCAAAGAUGCUUGCAGACAUACAGAGAUGGUUGCCGAAUGAGGAUAUGGUCUGGGAAAACUUUGGAUUCUGA